CAUAAAGGCAACCAUUGAGAAAUAUAAGAAGACUUGCGCAGGGAGUUCAAACCCCGGAUCCCUUGUAGAGGUUAAUUCACAUCAAUACUAUCAACAGGAAUCAGCGAAAAUGCGCCACCAAAUUCAGCUUUUGCAAAAUUCAAACAGGCAUUUAAUGGGGGAUGGUUUGAGUUCUCUUAAUUUAAAGGAGUUGAAGCAACUUGAAAACCGACUUGAAAGAGGCAUCACAAGGGUCAGAUCAAAGAAGCAUGAGCUGCUCUUUGCAGAAAUUGAGUACAUGCAGAAACGAGAAGUGGAACUUCAAAAUGACAAUAUGUACCUCAGGGCCAAGAUAGCAGAUAACGAAAGAGCACAGCAGGCAAAUAUUGUGCAAGCAGGAGUUGAUUUUGAGAGCAUUCCAAGCUUCGACUCUAGGAAUUACUAUCACAUCAACAUGUUGGAAAGUGCAUCUCAUUACUCACACCAUCAAGAUCAAACAGCCCUUCAUCUUGGCUAUGAGACAAAAGCCGAUCAGUCUGCAUAAUAAUGUACUAAUUAUGCGAGCUUUACAAAAACUACUAGUCUUUGUCACUUGUAUUGAUAAAGUUAUGAUUUGAGUUGUGAUUUGGUGUUAUAAGGGGUGUGUAUUUCAUGUAACUACCACAUACUCACUUUAAAUAAUUAAUAGGAGCAAAUGACAUAUAUAAUGCAGCAUAGUUAAGUUUU